AUGCCGUUAGACCUCGACGGCGCGAUCGCGACCCUGUUGCGCAAGCGGUUGCUCGCCGAAUCCUUGGUCAAGGAGAUAUGCGAAAAGACCAAAGAGCUCUUGAUGAGGGAGUCCAACGUCGUGCAUGUCCAAGCACCCGUCACCGUCGUCGGUGAUAUUCAUGGGUCAGUGCGGAAGCGCGGAAGUAGCUGCUCGAGAGCGACUGAGCGGUCGUUGCUGACCCACUGCGCGCUUCUUGCUUGUGGUGCAACAGACAAUUCUACGACCUGAUCGAGAUCUUCCGGAUAGGUGGCUACUCACCGCAUACCAACUACCUCUUCCUCGGCGACUACGUCGAUCGGGGCCUCUUUUCGGUCGAGACCAUCUCGUUGCUCACGUGCCUCAAGCUGCGGUACCCAAAUCGAGUCCAACUCAUUCGAGGGAACCACGAGUCGAGGGCCGUCACACAGGUGAGAGAGAGUUUUGGGUCGACUGCAGUGCAGCUGUUACAGGCGACGCGAAUACUGAAUUCCUCCGCCGACUUUGCGCACAGACGUACGGGUUCUAUUCGGAAUGCGUACGGAAAUACGGCUCCCCGGCCGUAUGGACCUACUUCACCGACAUGUUUGACUUUUUGACACUCUCCGUCGUCAUCGAUGAUCGGAUCUUUUGCGUUCAUGGAGGUAGGUUCCUGUGAGAAUCUCUUUCGGCGAGAUGAGAUACAGGAUGCAUGACUGACUCGUCUUGAUCGCACCAGGUCUCUCACCGUCCGUUCACACCCUAGACCAAAUCAAGAUUAUCGAUCGGUUUAGAGGUCAGUCCACGAACUUAUAAAUUUGUCGUGCUCAUCGAAUUGACCCUUUCGAGUUGACCGUUUGCACAGAAAUCCCACACGAAGGGCCGAUGGCAGAUCUGGUAUGGUCCGAUCCAGAUCCAGACAAGGAGGAAUUCUCAAUCUCACCAAGGUUCGUCACCCAACAUACUGCACUCGCUCAAACUCAACCCCGUACUGAACCCCACCCCCUUUUCAAUUGCUCGCUCCACAGAGGAGCAGGCUACACCUUCGGUUCGUCCGUCGUCAAAUCCUUCCUGCAAACCAACUCGAUGAACCACAUCCUUCGAGCGCACCAACUCUGCAUGGAAGGUUUCUCAGUACUGUACGACGAUCGUCUUUCAACCGUUUGGUCGGCGCCUAAUUACUGUUAUCGAUGUGGGAAUAUGGCUUCUAUUUUGGAGGUCGGUCCCGGGGGGGAGAAGCAUUUCAAUGUGUUUGAUGCGGCGCCGGAAAAUGAGAGGGAUGGACCGGGGCAACAGCAACAACAGCAAAUGCAGCAGCAGCAACAGACGGGGAUGGUUGGGGAUGGGGUCAUGGCUAGUAUAGGGGGACCGAAUGUGAGUGGUUCGGUUAUGCAUGAUGGAGCGGGGCUGAAUGCGCGGACUCUGAUCCGAUUUUUCUUAUUGUUCGUGUUCGCGACAGCAAAUCGAGUACUUCCUUUGA